AUGGGGUAUCCGCCACCUACACGAAGGCUUGGAGAUAAGAAAAGGUACCAUUAUUCCAAUAAUCCUAACCGAAGGCAUCCUUCCGCUGUUUAUUCCAAGAAUAGCUUUCCAAAAUCAAGCAAUAAUGGAUUUGUAUCUUCUCCUACUGCCGAUAAUUCAACAAAUCCGUCUGUAACUCCCAGUACUGCAUCUGUACCUCUUCCUACAGCGGCACCUGGAAGCACGUUUGGUAUCGAAGCACCCAGGCCAUCUCGAUAUGAUCCGAGCUCAGUCAGUAGGCCUUCGUCAUCAUCUUAUUCGUCAACAAGAAAAAUUGGAAGCCGUUAUAACCCAGAUGUGGAAAGAUCCUCUUCAACCACUAGUUCAACUCCGGAAAGUAUGAAUACGAGCACCAUAACACACACCAAUACGGAUAUCGGAAACUCACGCUAUUCUCGAAAAACCAUGAGCAGAUAUAAUCCUCAAUCUACUAGUUCUACAAACGUUACCCACUUUCCCUCGGCAUUAUCAAACGCUCCACCGUUUUAUGUUGCCAACGGGAGUUCUCGGAGACCUCGAUCAAUGGAUGAUUAUAGUCCUGAUGUAACGAACAAGCUCGAAACAAAUAAUGUUUCAUCUGUUAAUAAUAACAGCCCUCAUUCUUAUUACUCUAGGAGCAACAAAUGGAGAUCCAUUGGAACGCCUUCCAGACCACCAUUUGAUAAUCAUGUCGGCAAUAUGACGACCACCAGCAAUACUAACUCGAUCCAUCAAAGGGAACCUUUUUGGAAAGCAAAUAGUACUACUAUUUUAAAAUCAACUCAUUCACAGUCAUCGCCUUCCCUUCAUACUAAAAAAUUUCACGAUGCGAAUAAAUUGGACAAACCAGAGGCUUCAGUUAAAGUUGAAACACCCAGUAAAGAUGAGACAAAAGCCAUAUCGUACCAUGAUAACAAUUUUCCACCAAGAAAAUCAGUUUCUAAACCUAAUGCACCUUUAGAACCCGAUAAUAUCAAGGUUGGCGAAGAAGAUGCAUUGGGGAAAAAAGAAGUACAUAAAAGUGGGCGUGAGAUAGCAAAGGAACAUCCUACUCCUGUAAAAAUGAAAGAGCAUGAUGAACUAGAAGCUCGCGCUAAAAAAGUAAGUAAAAUCAAUAUUGAUGGAAAGCAGGACGAAAUUUGGACGACGGCAAAAACAGUGGCCAGUGCAGUCGAAGUUUCCAAAGAAAGUCAAAAGGAACUAACACGCUCUGUUGAAAGGAAGGAAAGCCCAGAAAUUAGAGAUUAUGAAAGAGCAUACGAUCCGAAAGCCCUGAAAACAGACGUAACAAAGUUGACAGUAGACAAUGAUAAUAAAAGUUACGAAGAACCUCUUGAAAAAGUGGAGGGGUGUAUUUUCCCAUUACCAAAAGCAGAAACGAGAUUAUGGGAAUUGAAAAACCAGAAAAGAAACAAAAUAAUAAGUGAACAAAAGUACUUACUGAAAAAGGCAAUUAGGAAUUUCUCAGAGUAUCCUUUUUACGCACAGAACAAACUUAUACAUCAGCAGGCUACCGGACUUAUCUUGACGAAAAUUAUAUCAAAGAUAAAAAAGGAAGAACAUUUGAAAAAAAUAAAUUUAAAACAUGAUUAUUUCGAUCUCCAGAAGAAGUAUGAAAAAGAAUGCGAAAUUUUGACUAAACUGAGUGAAAAUUUAAGGAAGGAAGAAAUCGAAAAUAAACGUAAAGAGCACGAACUAAUGGAGCAGAAAAGACGUGAAGAAGGUAUCGAAACAGAAAAGGAAAAAAGCUUACGGCAUCCAUCCUCGUCUUCCUCAUCUCGUCGCAGAAAUAGGGCUGACUUCGUUGAUGAUGCGGAAAUGGAAAAUGUAUUGCUACAAAUCGACCCAAAUUAUAAACAUUAUCAGGCUGCUGCAACAAUUCCUCCGCUAAUUUUAGAUCCAAUCCGCAAACACUCUUACAAAUUCUGUGAUGUAAAUAACUUGGUUACAGACAAAAAGCUUUGGGCGUCUAGAAUAUUGAAAGACGCCUCUGACAACUUUACUGACCAUGAGCACUCUUUAUUUUUGGAGGGUUAUUUAAUUCAUCCUAAAAAAUUUGGUAAAAUUUCUCACUACAUGGGCGGCUUAAGAAGUCCUGAAGAGUGUGUCCUACAUUAUUAUAGAACAAAGAAAACUGUGAAUUAUAAACAACUUCUUAUCGAUAAGAACAAGAAAAGAAAAAUGUCAGCCGCUGCCAAGCGCCGCAAGAGGAAGGAAAGAAGUAAUGACGAGGAAGUCGAAGUUGAUGAGAGUAAAGAAGAGUCAACGAACACGAUAGAGAAGGAAGAAAAAAGUGAGAACAAUGCCGAGGAAAAUGUUCAGCCGGUUCUAGUUCAAGGUUCUGAAGUGAAAGGUGAUCCAUUAGGUACACCGGAAAAAGUUGAAAAUAUGAUUGAACAGAGAGGCGAAGAGUUUGCAGGUGAAUUGGAAAAUGCUGAGAGGGUAAACGACUUAAAAAGGGCGCAUGAUGAAGUUGGAGAAGAGAGCAAUAAGUCCAGUGUAAUAGAAACCAACAAUGGGGUACAAAUAAUGGAUCCAAAAGGAGCUGUUCAGAAUGGUUAUUAUCCAGAGGAGACCAAAGAACUUGACUUCAGUUUAGAGAAUGCGUUACAGAGAAAGAAACACAAAUCUGCACCAGAGCAUAAAACAAGUUAUUGGAGUGUUCGUGAAUCUCAACUCUUUCCAGAAUUGUUGAAGGAGUUUGGCUCUCAAUGGUCUCUCAUAUCAGAAAAACUGGGUACCAAAUCUACUACAAUGGUAAGGAAUUACUACCAAAGAAAUGCAGCUCGCAAUGGAUGGAAAUUACUGGUUGAUGAAACCGACUUAAAGCGAGAUGGGACUAGUUCAGAAUCUGUACAACAAUCUCAAAUUUUGAUACAACCAGAACGACCAAACAUCAAUGCCUAUAGUAAUAUUCCUCCUCAACAAAGACCGGCUUUGGGUUAUUUUGUUGGACAACCAACUCAUGGGCAUAAUACAUCUAUUUCAUCUAUCGAUGGCUCUAUAAGACCAUUUGGGCCUGAUUUUCAUCGUGAUACCUUUUCUAAAAUUAGUGCUCCUUUAACCACUUUACCACCACCAAGACUACCAUCUAUUCAGUUUCCUCGUUCAGAAAUGGCAGAACCUACAGUGACAGAUUUGCGUAACAGGCCCUUAGACCAUAUUGACACGUUGGCUGAUGCAGCUUCGUCAGUAACAAAUAAUCAAAACUUCAGUAAUGAAAGGAAUGCAAUUGACAUUGGCCGUAAAUCGACGACAAUCAGCAAUCUAUUGAAUAAUUCGGAUCGAAGCAUGAAAUCUUCUUUCCAAAGCGCUUCAAGACACGAAGCACAGCUCGAAGACACUCCCAGCAUGAACAAUAUUGUAGUACAAGAAAUAAAACCGAAUAUUACUACGCCAAGAUCGAGUUCUAUUUCUGCAUUACUAAAUCCUGUAAAUGGGAAUGGGCAAUCAAACCCAGAUGGAAGGCCGUUGCUGCCAUUUCAGCAUGCUAUUUCUCAAGGCACUCCUACUUUCCCUUUACCGGCCCCUCGCACUAGUCCAAUAAGUCGUGCGCCUCCAAAGUUCAAUUUUUCGAAUGAUCCGUUGGCAGCUUUGGCUGCGGUUGCCUCCGCGCCAGAUGCAAUGAGCAGUUUUUUAUCUAAAAAGGAAAAUAAUAAUUGA